AAACAGGCUCAAUUUUGUCGAUUCAGAACGUCGAGCGUGAUGACGUCGCGUAAUCGUUGCCGUGGCUACACGCGGAGUUGUCGUAUGCACCUGUUACGCUUUCAAACAGGAAAGGGAACGAAUCGAUACGUAUUUACUUAAACGAAGUAGCUUCGAGACAAAUUUUUUUCGACUUGAGACUUCUUCUUUUUUUAAGCAUCAACCUGAACCUUUAUGGACAAAUUAAAGAACGUUUUGAGUGGCCAAGAUGGCAAUGACGACCUCAACGUACUGCAGGCAGCGAAUGAAGCAUCAACACUGGGCUGGGGCACGCGCGUCAAGGGAUUCGUCGCGUGUUUUGUGUCGGGCGUCUUGUGUUCAGUUUUGGGGACCUGCUUGCUUUGGCUUCCGAGAACUGGACUGACACUCUUUGCAGUCUUUUACAGUUUAGGUAAUAUUGCUUCUCUUUUAAGCACAAUGUUCUUAAUGGGCCCAUUAAAGCAACUCAAGAGGAUGUGUGACAAGACAAGAGCUCUGGCAACUGGCAUUAUGAUUACAUGCCUGGUGCUGACCUUUUGCGCUGCUUUUUGGUGGAAGAUCAAAGGCCUUGCUCUGCUGUUCUGUAUCCUCCAGUUUUUGGCUUUUACAUGGUAUAGCUUGUCCUACAUUCCUUUUGCAAGGGAUGCAAUCAUUAAGUUGUUCUCCGCGUGCUUGAAGUGAGAUGCCUCUACAUUUGGCCUUGGCUCUCUCUCUGUGGGCUGCUUUGGCUCCAGCUUCAGUGCUGCCUUCAAUGCCACUCGUGUACUCACUCUGCAGCCUGGCACAGACACCUCACCACACUACAGGCUCCCCUUACUCUCCCCAACGGACGGACACUCUCCAUGUGUGUGAACAAGCACACACAGACAAGUACUCUCUCUCUUACACAAACACACACCUGUGCUUUACGUUCAAGUAGAAAACAAGAAUGAAACAAAUACCCAAGUAACAUCUUAUUGGGCAAAUGGUUGCAUUUCGGUCUUGUAACUGUAGUGACAAGUUUCGUGCAGCAAGAUGGGAGAGCUUAUUUAACAUUUAACUGUUGUGUAAUUGCUUAAUAUUUUUAAUUCCUACGUGCCUUCAUCUCUGCCUCCAUCCAAGGAUUACUUGAGGACUAGAUUGGGUAGAAAAGUAACCAGUGUUGCAAUUUUUUAGUAUUUAGAUUUAUUUAUUUUUUUUGCAUGAACAAGAUAAUGAUUAAGGGCUUUCUAAAUAAUUGUUGCAAUUAUGUUUUAGUUCAGAUGUUAUCUAUAAUAGGUAAGUGAAAGGAUGUCAGAAAUGUCUUAUUGCUAUCUUAUUAGAUAAAAUAAAUAUUAAACACUCAUUAGGGUGCAAAUGUAUAUCUUUAGGGUUCCUUUGUCAAACAACCCUAUUUCUUUCUUUGAAUUUAGGAGCAAAAUGAUGUGGCUUUUUCUGAUGAAUGUUUCAUAUGCCCGUCCUCAUAUUUUCAAAUCAUGUCUGGCGCAUUUCCUUUUAACUGUAUUGAUUUCAAAAAUGACAGUGGUAGUUUUUCUUUGUUACUGUAUGUCAGCUGUAUAUUUACUGAAGAGAUUCAUUUUAUUUAUGUAUAAAAAUAUUUUUCUGACUGAAAAAAUGCAUUCUAGAAUUGUUUUAUCAUGACUGAAAUGGAAAUUUUCCCUAUGUUGAUGAUUGUGUUGUUUCAUGUUUGUCUCAUUACAUAGAAUUGCAUUAUGUCUAUCCACCUUUUUCUUCAACGCAGAAGUAAGCCUAUGGGUGAGACUUCCGGUUCAUUAGCCGCUAUAGGUAAAUAACGAGGAGAAUAACAACGUGCAGUAAACGGUAAAACUGUUUGCACUACAAACCAGUGUGUUCAAAAUUAAGAUAAUACAUUAAAAUAAUAUGAUAAGACACACCAACUUUCAAUAUCAAGCAGCAAAACAAACUGUUUUGUUAAGCUAAAAAAUAGCUGGACGGAGUGGACACAGAUGAGACCGGAAGUCAGACCCAUAGAAUAUACAAAUGGACGCGCCCAUUUUUACUACAAUAAAAGGUGGAUGAGAAAAAAAUUAUAUUUGUGGUGUUUAAGAAUUAUUACUGCUACUGUAUGGACAUUUUAACAAUCCUUGCUAUUAAAAGUUAAUCAGAUUCA